AACUCGACAAGCGUCAUGCGUCGGGCCCAAAGCACCAAGCAGUUGCGCCUCGUCUUCUCCUUUGGGGUGGCGGUGGGUUCCAUGGGCACGCUCUUGGCCUUGUACGAGGAGGAUAACCUUCGCCGAUCGCCUCCGGACGGAUCGCCAUCGCUGCCUCCACAAGACACUAGCAGUACCUUGCCUCCACACGAAGCCACCCGGUUCGGUUACCCUUCAACGUGCAACGUCAAGGUCCGCGACGGCUACGUCCUCGGCUAUAAUCGACGCUUGCGUAAUGCCGCAUGGGUGGCCGAGUACAUCACUCCCGAUUCGCUCAAGAAAGCAGACGACGUGAAUCGGGUCAAGGCGUCGUUCAAGGCAGACAUGUCCACACCGGACCUGUUUCGCGUGUCGCCAGCCGACUACCUAAACAGCGGCUACGACCGAGGCCACUUGGCUCCAGCCCGCGAUAUGUCGUCCAGCCAAGAGUCGGUGAACGCGAGCUUUCUCAUGACAAACAUCUCGCCCCAGGUGGGUAAAGGAUUCAACCGGGGGUACUGGUCCCGCUUUGAAGGGUUUGUGCGCCACCUGGCAACGCAUUACGGCGGCGUGUACGUUGUAACAGGCCCGUUGUUCCUUCCAGCGCGCACGCCCCAAGGCGACUCGUACGAAGUCCAGUACCCCGUUGUGGGGUCCCCUCCUACCGCCAUUGCCGUGCCCACGCACUUCUUCAAGGUCGUGUUGGUGCAAAAGCCAUCGACACACAGCAACGCGUACUUGGCGGCGGGGUUUGUCUUGCCCAAUCAAGCGAUUCCCGACCACACCAACCUUACCACGUUCGUUCGGCCCAUCGAGUACAUCGAAGGCGUGUCCGGCUUGCUCUUCUUCGAUCAAUUGCGCUACGCAGACACCAGUCGUCGUGUCAGUAUUGGUCAACUGUGCAAUGACCUCAGCUGUGCUUUGCCCGCCGCGGUGGAAUACAAGACUGCAAUCGCAUCCAAGAAUAGCAGCAACAAGGAGGCCUCAAAGUAGAGAUCUCGAAAGAAGGAGGCUUCGACACCAUAGUCAUACAGUACUAGCACUGGACCCGCCCAGUCGAGCCGUGCGUUGCUCCAUAUACGGUAGUAGUAUAUACUAACCACAUUAUAGAAUCACGGGAUGCCAA